GAUUGACUCUCCAUUCCUUCACGCAAUCUCAUUCGAGGUUGCAUUGCGCUUUUCCUUCUGCCUUGUUCACCUAUUCGUCACACAUCUUUCAUAUUCGAUCAUUCGGUCAUCCGAUAUCAGCUACAGCUAUGAAGAACUUGUUAUCUUCAGGUGUCACGCGCCAACUUCACGCUGCAGGCCGUCGCAACUUCACCUCGAUCACGACCAAGUCGAAUAUCACAAGAGCUCGAGGUGCUCCGAGGCCACAGUUCAACAAUGUUCUCCUCCGCCAACAGUUCCGCCGCAGUUAUGCGGACGCUGCUCCCAAGCCAAAGGGAAAAGGCUUCAGAUUCCUCCGCUGGACAUGGCGAAUUACCUACCUCUCUGCCCUAGGAGGUCUUGCAUACGUUGGGUAUGGCAUCUAUGAGAUGCGCUCUCCUCCUGACCAGCCAGAACCGGAUCCGAGUAAGAAGACUCUUGUUAUACUAGGCACCGGAUGGGGCUCUGUUUCCCUGCUCAAGAAGCUGGAUACCGAAAAUUACAAUGUCAUCGUCGUUUCACCCCGAAACUACUUUCUCUUCACGCCCCUGCUCCCGUCAUGCACUACUGGAACUAUCGAGCAUCGCUCUAUCAUGGAACCCAUCCGUAACUUUCUGCGCCACAAGAAAUCCGCUGUCAAAUACUAUGAAGCUGAGGCGACAAAAAUUGACUAUCAGAAGAAAGUGAUCUAUGUCAAUGACGAUUCCGAGAUAAAGGGAGAUGUAUCAAGCACGGAGAUUCCAUUCGACAUGCUCGUCGUCGGCGUUGGUGCAGAGAAUGCUACAUUUGGUAUUCCUGGUGUCCGGGAGAAUGGCCUAUUUUUGAAGGAGGUAGGUGAUGCUCAGAAGAUCCGAAAGCGCAUCAUGGAUUGUUGCGAGACAGCGACCUUCAAGGAUCAAUCGGCCGAAGAAGUACAGCGAUUACUCCAUAUGGUCGUGGUCGGCGGUGGUCCCACCGGUGUAGAAUUCGCUGGAGAACUUCAGGACUUUUUCGAAUCAGACCUCAAGAAGUGGAUUCCAGAUAUCACAGAGAACUUCCAUGUCACACUAGUUGAAGCUCUGCCCAACGUGCUCCCCAUGUUUUCCAAGCAGCUGAUCGACUACACUGAAAAGACUUUCAAGGAGGAAACCAUCACGAUCCGGACUAAGACUAUGGUCAAAAACGUAACUGAUAAGUAUAUUGAGGCUGAAUCAACUGGCCCCGACGGCAAAAAGAAGCUCGAAAAGAUUCCUUACGGCUUACUCGUUUGGGCUACCGGUAACGCUCUCCGCCCAGUUGUCAAGGAUCUCAUGCAACAGAUCCCCGCUCAGAAAGACUCCCGCAGAGGUCUUGCUGUCAAUGAAUAUCUUGUCGUCAAGGGUACGGAAAACAUUUGGGCUGUGGGUGACUGCGCUAUCGCAAACUAUGCUCCAACCGCUCAGGUAGCUGCUCAGGAAGGUGCUUUCCUGGCUCGUCUUUUCAAUCAAAUGGCUAAGACCGAGGAGAUUGAGACUGAACUGAAGACGUUAUCUGAUAAACAAGAUAAGGUUCCCAACGGCGAGCAGCGCAAUGCUAUCUUCGCAGACAUGAAGGAGCUCCAGAAGCGGCUACGGCGCGUCAAACAGAUGGGCCCUUUUGAGUACUCUCACCAAGGAAGCUUGGCCUAUAUUGGUAGCGAGAAGGCCGUUGCUGAUAUAAGCUGGCUGGCGGGCAACAUCGCGUCUGGUGGAACCUUGACCUACUUCUUCUGGCGCUCUGCUUACCUUUCAAUGUGCUUCAGCACCCGCAAUCGUAUCCUGGUUCUCCUUGACUGGACCAAGAGCAAGAUCUUCGGCCGCGAUGUAUCGCGGGAGUAAAAUUCACAUGUUGGCAUCGCAUGUACAGAUAUAGACGCGAUUUCAGCUGACGAACUCCAACGCUUGUAUAUUUCUUCACGGAUAUACUCGUUGUCUCAGUUCAUGCCUCAGGCUAUUGUACACAUGUAUUACGAGUGGUCGUAGCUUUAGCUAUCACCUGGGUUGGAAGAGCGAACCGCGAUGGCGCCAUGGAAAAAUGAUAGACUUGUUUGGUUAGCUUUUGGAAUUCCCUCUAUUCACAAAUAAUUUAUUUCCUUUUUAGAUCCUAUUCUAAAA